AUGGAUCUCCAUCACAGCCUGCUUCGUAAGAGAUCCAAGUCCUUCCAUACAACUUGUCAGGAUACCGCCCAGUUCGCCCAUCCAGUGCAUGCGGAAACUGACCCAUUGGAUAUCGAUCGUCCAGGACAUGUAACUCAAGAUUCUACCACUAUGUUGGCUUCUACUGGCGCUACUGCAGCAAACUCUGGUAUUCUGCAUCACGAAGAGAAUGACCUCUCGCCCGAGGAACGAAGGGUCGAAGUAUAUACUCGCUCGAUCAUGCCGGCUCCAAACACCAAAGACGCUGCCACAAAUGACUUAUUCCCUUACCGCAUGUCAUUCUUUCACGAUGAGCAUCUCCAUCGCUAUGUCAUUGGAUCGGAGGAGGGCACAAAUCAACCUGCCUUUGCUCAAACUGCCUCGAAAACGCUGUUUGUGUUCUAUUGUAACGAGUGCGUUUUUGAACUAUCAAUUUAUUGCGCCACGUUCUUCUCCCUCAACAAAUCACAGAUGCCCCAAAUUCACGAAGUGCACUCAACACCUGGGAGAUGA